GCACAUAAAGCACCACCGGAAGGAAACAAGCCAUCAGCUUGUUUUUAGCAAACAUUAAGUCAUCCUCAGAAAGAGCCGUUACUCAGUGGAGCGGACGGGCCCUCGGUAUAAAGGUGAGGGUGGCAGCAGAACUCACUACCUCAGCCUCACGAAUCCCUCCUGUCCCACUAACACCAGCCUCCAAGCACCCCAUCUGCAGCAUGAGGGGCGCGGUGCUGGUGCUGGCCUCGCUCACACUCCUGAUCACAGCACAGGAAGGCAAAGGUGAAGGGAACACCAUGAAGCUCUGUGGGAGAGACUUUGUCAGAGCCAUCAUCUUCACCUGUGGCGGCUCUCGGUGGAAAAGGCACUUGAGUGAUUAUCAGUACCUGUUUGAGAAUGAAAAUCCCCUGCCUCUCUCACAAGAGAACAACGGCUAUGCCGACCCCUCGACGUACACAGACCAGGGGCUGGAGACCGAGAGUGAAGAAAUCCACAGCGAGAAGCCUGAGUCAGAGCAGGACUUACAGCACUCCAGGAAAACAUUUGUGCUCCAAAAGCGCGAGGCAGCCAAGCUGCUCAGCACAUCCUGCUGCAGCAUCGGCUGCAGCGAGAGCGAUAUCAGCUCCCUGUGCUGA